UGUCAACCAAUGAUCACGAUGAUGACGAUGACGAUGAUGAUCAGUGCUUUUUGGUGAUUCUCAGAUUCUCUCAGUCCCCUUUUUGUGUUUGUUUGUUUGUUUGUUUUUUGCUGUUGUUUUUUGCUUUGUGUUUGCAAUGCGAGCUGUGAUUCAACGUGUGAUCAGCGCCAGUGUGACUGUCGAUGCAGAGGUCGUCGGAUCGGUUGGACGCGGGCUGUGCGUGCUCGUCGGGAUUCACAAGAACGACACGCGCGACGAUCUCGAGCUAUUAGUCCGACGCAUCCUCAACGCCAAGCUCUUCUCCUCCGUCCCAGAAGCCGAUGGAUCGGGAGGCGACGCUGCGUCCACUGGCAAGCCGUGGCAGCUGAAUGUGACCGAGGCAGGCCUGGGCGUGCUCUGCGUCUCCCAAUUCACCCUGUAUGCCACGCUGAACAAGGGCAAGAAGCCCGAUUUCCACUCUGCCAUGGGUUCAGCCGAAUCGCGCGAGUUUUAUAAUGACUUUCUGGCUGAAAUGCGGCGGCAAUACCAGCCCGAUCGGAUCCAAGACGGACGAUUCGGUGCCAUGAUGCAAGUCCAGCUGAUCAAUGACGGUCCGGUCACAAUUAUCGUCGAUACGGCAACAGAAGUUUCAUCCGCGCCUUCCUCGCGGAAUAUCACACCCAACGCGUCGUCCACCGCCCUAUCGUCGCUCGCAGAGGCCUCAGACAAGGCCCUCAAGCAACCGAAACAGAAGGGCCCCAGCCAACCCAAGCAAUGGCAGCCGAAAAACAAACCUCAGGCUCCAGCCGAACCAACGGCAGCUGCGUCAAGUAGCGCGUCUCCCAGUUUGACAACGUCGCCAACAGAUGCUCCUGAACCCACCACUGCCUCUCGAUAAUUGAUUGAUUGCCAGGAUCAACACGUGUAUUUUUUGGAAGAACAAAACUUUGACAUUCACACACGA